GGUGGUGUAGUGGGUGGAAACAGAGGCGAGCUCACGUGGUUUCUCAGCGCAAGCAUCAACAAAAAUCAAUAUUCCGACUAAACGUCGGCUGUUGCAUACGUCACGAGUGGACAAGCCCCUUGAAAGCUGCAUUCCGAUUGGUCCAACGCCCCAUGACGUCACAACUUGCAAAAGCACAACAAAGCUACGUAAUAGAGUUUUGUGCUUUUUAUUAGAGCCCCGAAUCGAACGGCUAUGGCUAUGCCUCUCUCACGGUUUCCGAUAAGUGGCGACUAUCAGCAGGCAGAUUAAGUGCGGGUUUUAUCAGUAAGUCCAAGGGGUGUCCCGCCGCCAGUCGCCAUGGCUAGUCGAGCGACAGCGGACCUUUUUCCAGAACGAAAUCCGAAUCCGGCCAACCAAACCCUCGAGGAGGACUUGGGAAUGGGCCAACUCUACGACUGGAGCUGGAGUGAAACCCUGAUCCAGAGCCAGGAGUCGUUGCUGUUGAUCCUGUCCACCUUCUGGUGUAUUCUUCUAGCUCGCGUGGUAACCCAAAAGCUGCGGCUCCAUGGCUCCCCCAGUCUCUGCUUUGCUGUGGAGUUCGGCCUGGUCAUCCUGCCGUGCAUUUUGCUCGUGACAGUCGCCGUGGACUACAGUAACUACAUAGGACUGGUGAUGUUUGUGAUGACAUUGUGGUUUCUGAGGAAGAGUAGGGUUCUGGAACGGGCCCGAACUCGCAGUCAGUUUGAUUUGGGUGGCCAAAGACCCAUGGCUUUCUCCGUAUUGCGAGCCCUGACUCACCUAAUCACCGCUGUCUGCAUUCUGGCCAUAGACUUUGGCAGUUUCUACAGACCCUAUCGGAAAAGCCGGCAGUUUGGAGCUAAGCUAAUGGACACCGGCAUCGGGCUGUUUGUCUUCACUAUGGCCAUGGUGUCGCGGAGGACUCGGCACCUAUCGGAUCUUCGCCGGAGUGUGGUCUUCUCCGCCCUGCCGCUCAUCCUUUUAGGACUUGCUCGCACCGUAGCUAUUUUGACACUCGGAUAUGGCCAGGAUUCUCACGAGUACGGGCAGCAUCUAAACGCCUUUUUCACUCUAGGAUUUACCAAGUUCUUAGGAGCUCUGGUCGGUAUACUGGCUCGCAAGGAUCUACAUUUACUGCCCUUAGGAUUCGGUCUGUUGGUGAUUCACCAGUUUGGCCUUAGUAUCCUGGGUAUCUCCGACUAUGUGAUGAACGAGGACUUGGAACGCUCAAAUUUAUUUAAUGCAAAUCGGGAGGGGCUUGUCUCCUUGCCAGGAUUCGUGGCGCUGUACCUGCUGUCUAUCUACGUGAAUGGCUGGAUGGUGAGCUCCACUUUGUUGACCUACUCCGAGUUGGUCACAAAAUUAAAGCGUCUGUUCUAUGCGGUGCUGAUCCUGUGGAGCUUGUUCGUCAUCAGUGCCUACGGAAUUGGAAUCUCCCGCGUGACUUGCAACUUGGGAUAUGUCAUCUGGAUGCUGGCCAUUGGAUGCACCACUUUGUGGGCCAGUUUUGGAGCCAUUGACUUCGUAAUCAACAGUGUGAUGCCCUGGGAGCAGAGCUCAUCGGGUGAGCAGGAGAAAGGUCUGCUGACAGGAGAUUCUGUGCCCAAGGAAAGGUCGAAGCCCAUUUUUCCAUUCACCAUCAACCAAGCUUUGAACCAAAAUGGGUUGACUUUCUUCCUGUUGGCCAAUGUCUUAACCGGUGGGGUAAACAUAUUCCUUAAGCCAGAAGAUCGCUCCAAUCUUGAAUCAGUGAUCAUCCUGCUGGUCUACAUGUUUCUGGCCACCAAGCUCGCCCAUGAAUUGCUCAAAAGGGGAAUUCGAUUGGCCUAAAGCAUUUUGGGCAUCCUGUGAUCUAAAUGAAUUUCAUUUGAAUGUAUUAAUUAUCCUAUGUAAUAGAAAUUUAUUUAAUCUCCUGAAGGAGCUGCAGCUUAUUACGUUUUUCAGUAUCUUUAUGACUUUAUUUCAUUUAAUUUGUCUGAUAAGUCUGUCUACCUUACCACUUUUUCUAAUCGAUUAACUGUCAUAUUGGGCAGUCAUAAAUUUUAAGUGGUGACAACCUUUUUGUAAGAAACUUUAUACUAACGCUGAUUACAAACUUUUAAAAAUAUAUCAGUUGACAGUUA